AUUCCAAACCUUUCCUUCCUUCCUAGGCUCUUUCGACUCACCAUGGUCGUUGCUUGAGCUUCAGGAGGAAUUGUAUAUUUACAAACCCGCUUUCCUUGCUUCGACUCACCAUUUCCAUACGUUGAACUUGGAGACACUUCAAAUUUUCCAAACCUUCUUUCCUUGUUCGGCUCUUUCCAUUGUUCUUCAAUGGCUUCUGCGUGUACUCUUCUACCUUUUAAACCAUCUACAUAUUCGGUUACAAACAGUCUGUCUUUGCGUCAUCAGGUUCAUUCUCGACUUUCUGUUUCGUUUAACGUUGGAUCUCGCAUCAAACAAAGCCCUCCUGGAUGCUCCUCUGUUUUUGAAACAGGUAUUUUUUUCUUCUUCUUCUUCUUCUUCUGUUUUUUCUUUUUUCCUUUUUCUCUAUCUGAACAAAAAAAAAAAAAAAAAAAAAAACCCUAGCAAUGCUCUUUGGAAGGUCUUAGAAUUGUUGAGAAGAUUGAUUGACUAGAUUACAAUAUUACCCAAUAACUGCUUAUGAAUUGAUUUGAUAGCUCACAUAUUGUCAUUCAUGAUAUUGAUCCGAUUCAAUAUGAUUGACAGAUAAUUCAUCCAUUGAAUUUACAGGGGGGAAGAGGGGUGACCUCUUUCUUGUAAGGGGAGGAAUAGUUCCCCCGGGCAGUGAGGAUCAAUUAGACAAGAAGGAUGGUUAUGAUGAUGUUGGUGGUGUCAGUAAACAGAUGGCAGAUAUUCGGGAAAUAGUAGAGUGGCCACUGAAGUAUCCACAACUAUUUCACUACGUUGGUGUGAAGCCACCUAAAGGGAUUCUCUUAUAUGGACCUCCAGGAUGCGGAAAGACUUCAAUGGGAAGAGCUAUUGCUAACGAAGCUGGUGCUUCCUUCUUCUGUAUAAAUGGACCAGAGCUUUUGUCUCAAUAUGUCGGAGGGAGUGAGAGCAAUCUCAGGAAAGUAUUUGAGGAAGCAGAGAAGAAGGCUCCAUCUAUUAUCUUUAUUGAUGAGAUAGAUUCUAUUGCUCCCAAUCGAGAGAAAACUAGUGGGGAAGCUAUUGAGAGGGUUGUUUCCCAGCUGUUAACCCUUAUGGAUGGUGUUGAGCGUCGUGCUCAUGUUAUUGUGAUUGGUGCUACUAAUCGUCCUAACAGCAUUGACCCUGCCCUGAGAAGGUUUGGUAGAUUUGAUAAGGAAAUUGAAAUUGGUGUUCCAGAUAUGGUUGGGCGUCUUGAGAUUCUUCGAAUCCAUACGAAGAACAUGCGGCUUGCUGAAAAUGUUGAUUUAGAAAGAAUUGCCAAAGACACACAUGGAUAUGUUGGUGCUGAUUUAGCAGCUCUGUGCAGUGAGGCUGGACGCCAAUGCAUUAGAGAGAAGAUGGGCGUGAUUGGCUUGAAAAAUGAGGUCAAGGAUGCCGAGAUACUCAACUCCAUGGCUGUUACGAAUGAGCACUUCCAACUACAAAUUGCUACCGGAAAAAGCAAGCCAUCAAUUCUGCCUGAAACAGUUGAUUUAGAAAGAAUUGCCAAAGACACACAUGGAUAUGUUGGUGCUGAUUUAUCAGGUCUGUGCAGUGAGGCUGCAUUGCAAUGCCUCAGAGAGAUGGGUGUGAUUGGCUUGAAAAAUGAGGUCAUAGAUGCUGAGUCACUCAACUCCAUGGUUGUUACGAAUGAGCACUUCCAACGACAAAUUGCUACGGGAAAAAGCAAGCCAUCAAUUCUGCGGGAAACGGUUGUUGAAGUGCCCAAUGUCAGUUGGGAAGAUAUCGGAGGCCUUGAGACUGUUAGGCAGCAGCUUCAAGCGAUCAUCCAGUAUCCCAUGGAGCAUCCAGAAAAGUUUGAGAAGUUUGGUGUGUCAGCCUCAAAGGGAGUUCUUUUCUAUGGCCCACCAGGAUGUGGGAAAACUCUUCUGGCCAAGGCUGUUGCCAAUGAAUGUCAGGCAAACUUUAUCGGUGUUAAGGGUCCAGAAUUGCUUACCAUGUGGUAUGGAGAAAGUGAGGCUAAUGUUCGAAAAAUAUUUGAAAAGGCUCGCCAAUGUGCUCCUUGUGUGCUAUUCUUUGAUGAGCUGGAUUCAAUUGCUAUAAAGAAGGGGCACAAUUCAGUAGAUAGUGGCGCUUCUGACAGGGUUUUGAAUCAACUGCUAACGGAGAUGGAUGGAUUUUCUACCAAUAAAAUGGUUUUUGUUAUUGGAGCCACCAACAGGCUUGAUCUUAUUGAGCCGGCACUUACGCGUCCUGGCCGUUUUGAUCAAUUGAUUUAUAUCGCUUUGCCUGAUGAAGAAUCUCGCUAUCAGAUUUUCAAGGCUUGCCUUAGGAAAUCUCCUGUUUCUGAAGAUGUAGACCUGGGAUCCCUUGCUAAGAACACCCAAGGCUGCAGUGGUGCUGAUAUUAUGGAAAUAUGCCAACGUGCCUGCACCUAUGCCAUAAAAGAGGAAAUUCAGAAGGAGAGUGAGAGGGAGAGGAGGAGAAGGGAGAAUCCAGAGGCUAUGGAGAAGGAUGUAGAAGAAGAAGAGGCGUCAGAAGUCAAGGCUGCCCAUUUUGAUGAGUCAAUGAAAUAUGCGCGUAGGAGUGUAAGUGAUGAUGUCAAUGAUAAGUACCAGGCAGUUGUUGCAGGGGCUCUGAACUGACCAUUAUUGAACCUUUGUUCAACAAA